AUGAACAUCGAUACAGCCACUGAACAGCCUACUACGAUACCUGAACCAUGGACGCAACAAUCUCAACCGACUAUCUCUUCUAAGGUCUCUCAACCUCCUCAGCCUCUCCACGCAAUAUCCCCCGCUACCUCCACACCAAACCAACAACCAACUUAUGCCUCCGUUCUACAACGCCCUAAACCUUCUCUACCGCAACCAACUCCCAAAAGAUAUCAAACCGCACCUCCGCCCAAAUACACACUCACAAUCGACGACCUUUAUCGACGGUUUCACAACAAACCAUCGCCAUUCCAGCUCAACAAGAAGACAAGCAAGAGUUCAGCUCGUCAAGCUCGCAACAGAAACUCAUUCACUACGCAAUGUCUAACGAAGUUUUUAAUCUCAGCUUUGCCAGCAUUAUCGCAACUUCUAGCCGAGAUGCAGCCAGCUGCGGACAACCGUUGGCCGCCUCACCCGAAUAUUUAUUCUAGCCGCGCCAUGAGGGCAGCCUAA